AUGUCAUCGUUAUUGUUUACUGAAGACCCAUUUGACGUCUUCAAUUAUGACGUCGAAGAUGAUGAGUUAGAAACACUUAUAGAACGAUUAUCCUUCAAGUUGAAAAAUGGGAAACGCAUGCUUAAACCUGGAGUAUUGGCAGGAUUUCAUUCGUUACGAAAUGCUUUAAAAAUAAAAGUCAAGGAAAAGCCAACACGAUGCAAGAAAACGAAGUCACAACCGCAACAAUUGUCCGUUCCUGAUUUCUCGUUCACGUCUUCAUUUAUAACAGCACAGCAGUUGCCUGCGCCAACAACAGCACAACAAGCAUCGGCAGCAACGAAGAGCUUCUCUUCCAACGAGCACAAAGAACAUGUUUGCAAACUUAUACAAAAACGGUGUUCAGAAAAUUUUGAUUUUACGGUAUGCAUUAGCUUAGAUGAGAAUGCGAAUGCGAAAGCAAGUAUUAAGUGUAAAUGUGGCCGAUUAAUUUCAUUAGCAAAAAAUGAUGAUAAAAUUCAGAUUUCAAAUUAUUACAAGUACUUACAGGCGAAUGGUUGUAAUCAUAUGAAAACCUUUAAAAAACUUGCAAAAGCAUUCGAAUAUUCGCCUCAGUCAACCGCUUUAUUAACACCACCUGCUGAUGUUCCAGUAUAA